AUUUAUAAUGCCAGUCUUUCAGUACUUUUUUCUGGUUUAAAAGCUUUGAUAGGAUCAAUUGUUAAAUCGGUAUAUGAAAAUGCAUAUAAAACAUUUUCUUACUGCAAUGUUUUGUUUGUGCAGCAAUCAAAUAAUUGUAAGAGAAGUGUUCAAUAUAGGGCUGUUAUGGAGGGACAGGUGCCAUACUGUCUGUGGGAGAUUAGAUACUCUGCUUUUUACAUGCACACCAAUACGCUGAUAAUAACUCCCAAAAAUCAGCUUAUUUAAAAAAUCUGACAAAGCUAGAAAAUCGUUUUGAAAUAAUCGAGUUAUUCUCUGCUUUUGACGUCAAACCAUGAAGAGGCAUGCGCACAACAUGUAAGAACUGCGUUAAAGGGGUUUACAUGGAAUGCGAAAUCGGGGUAACGGGCAAAACCGGUGUCGACCGGUUUAUUGUUGAGCCGUUUAUGACCAAACACCGAUAAAGGAAAGCCAUUUAUUGUGUUAAGAUGAACACAGACACUGUCGGAUUAUUAAUCAUAAUCGGUGUAAGAAGUGUUCUGUGAUUGAUAUAAACAAGUUUUGACCUGCAUGUGAAUAUGUGAUUAUUAAUAUGUGAUUUAGGACUGACUGUGCACACUGUCAUUUUACAGGUGAUGAAAUCUGAUCCAUUUGUUAAGACAGUGCAGUCAAUAUCUGAUUUAUCUAUGUCGGUUGCCAUAGUCAUGAUGUCAACUCCAAGAGACAUCAGAGAGUAGCUGUAAAUGUGGAAAAAGAGAGGACGGUGAACUGAAAUUGGUGAACUUAAGAUUUUGCCUCUGAAGAUGCAUCCGACAAUAUAAGCGUCUGAGGCAUUACUCUAUUUACACAUUCAUGCAAAUGAUGUGUCAAACCGUUUGUUCACUCAUACACUUUACAGUGCAUAGUUUGUCACAUGUAAGUAGAUCUGUCACAAUUACUCGAUUUGAUUCAAAACAUUCCUCAAUAACAAAAUUGCUGAAUCAACAAAUCAAAAAAGGCAGAAGUAACUUAGUCAACGGAGGAGGGUCCGUACACAUAAUGACAAGAAGUGUCAGCUGUGUAAGAGCACUUUAUAUUUGAAAAACAAUGUAGUUGGCUCUCAUCCUGAAAAACUGUAGCAUCACUUCAGCAGUGCAACUAGACUUGAAAGAUGACAUCCAGUUUUCACAGACCUGCUGGAGACACCACGGUAAGUUUACUAGGUAGACUGCAUGCGAUUUGUGGUGCUGCGUCCAGAUGUGUGAGAGAAGAUGAGCCCUUCAUAUAUGCGCCAGACACACUGAACUCAUUGGAAUCCACUCUAAACCUACUUAUCUGCACAAUCGUUUUCAAUAUAGGCUUUUAUGAAGCAACAUAAACUAAUGCUUAACACAAUUUAAAAAUUAAUGCACAACCACUUUCUGCUCAGUAAAUCGGACAGAAUCCAUACGAUCCAAGAAGGUUAUUUUCUGCAGAAUGUGAUCUGGAUUCCGUGCUGUGUAAAUUAAUUACCAUUUAAAUAUAAAUGUGAUUUUCCUCAUGUACAAUAGAUUUCGUAAUGAUUAAGGUUGAAUUAGUUAGCAAUGCCACACUUCUGAUAAACGUUUUAUAGUUUAUCACUUAUAGCUAUUGUCACAGGUAAAACUCAAUGUGGGAAUCCAGAGAACUUAUUAACUGAAUCAAGCCGCAGCUCUCUGUAUUCUGUCCCACAGAUGCACGUCUCGCACCCCGCAGACGCAAUAUGAAACAAGACAUUGUUUCUGAAAAGAUCAAGUAUUUUAUUUACAUGGCCUGUUUUACCAUAUUUUAGUUCUAAACUGAAAUGGGUAGAUCAUGUUGAAACAAAAUAAAUAGUAAUAUAUAGAAGUAGAAUAAUAACAAAGGAGAUCUUGCUUCUUUUUUUCUUUUUUUUUUUGUGGUGCACCUGAUGUAGCCUGGAGUAGUCAGUUGUUUUUAGAUAUUGAUUGCACAAUCAUUUUGUUGUUGUAAUUCAAUCGUAGAAUACAUAUAAAAUUAGGCUAAUAAACGCAUUUUAGCCAUACGUGACUUCACCUUGACAACUUUUUGCAGUCUGAGUUAUUUAAUAAUGUUUUCCGAUUACUCGAUUAAUUGUCAGAAAAAUCAUUAGAUUACAAAAAUAAUCAAUAGUGACAGCACUACAUGAAAGUUUAAAUGUGAAUAUAGACACUAAUGCGUUUUGUGAAUGUCUUUACCUUCACAUCCCAAAAGAUAGAAAAAACUGCUUGACAGCCCAAUCCGAUUUGACCAUUUACACUUUUAAAGCAAAUUUCAAACUUAUUUUAAAGAAAUGCUAUGAUUUUUACCCACACAUCUGAAUCACUUGGACCCAGAAACACAUUGAGUUUUAUGCACUAAAGAGUAAAAGGAAAAUCUCUGCCAACAUUUGCAUGAUUAUAUCUCGGCAACGAUUUGGAGGAGAAAUAUAAUAAUUAUAUCAUUAGAAGGCUGAAACUUUCCUUUUAUGGCAUAACACUAAUUAUAUUUCUAGGUAAAAAAAUGAGUUAAAAUCAUGGAGCAAGUCACAUACUGUAUAUGAAUAAAACAAAAAUAGUGUGCAUGUAAAUAUACAUAUGCUACUAACAGUAUUCUUUUUUUUUUUUUUUUUAAGUGUGGUUUUACAUUUCCAAAUGUCUGUUUCAGGUGUCAGGGAAUCACAUGGAGACAGGAUACAUGUGUGAUACAGAGAGUGAGUCAGGGGGCAAGGCUACUGACAAUAUGGAGCCUGCAUUUAUCAUCUGCACAAGGGAAGCAGUUAACUCAAACAUGGCAAGCUCUGCUGUAGGCAACGGUUGCCCUCUCUUGCCCUCAAAUAGCUCUUUACCCCUUCUCUCAGUCACACCUUGGGUCUCUGGCCUGGAGAGGAGUCAGGAGAGGAGUAUGGAGCAGCCUUACCCUGAGCCCAUUUCUACCUCAUCCUCACUCCCUAGCCUGACAGCCCAUUCUACUGCCUCCAUCUCCACCUUACUUCCUGGUCAGCGUAAUGGAAAUGGUGGCCCCCAUCAUCACCAUGGUCCUAGCCCACCACAGCACAAACACAAGCCUUUUCUCCCUUUCCCUGGAAAGUCACAAUCAAUCUUUGCAGUGGGCAGCAACAACAGGAGCAGUACCUCAGGCAAGCCUCCAUCUUCAUCUGCCUCUUCGUUAUCAAUCAGACCACCUACUCCUGCUACAAGUGUGUCCCUUGGUCGAGGCCCAGGGGGCAUUGGGACUGUAAGACCCUCAUCUCGACCAAGUCCUGGUGCAGUCUUUACACCAUCCCCUAGCCUCCCCCCACCUCCUCCUCUUCUGCAGGUGUCGCCACACACUUCGACAGAUCAGGAUGUGAUCUGUCAGGAUUUGCCAGAAUCCAGUGCACCUGGAGGACCGUCCGUGUCAGGCUCAAGUUCUGGGACCUCCAGUAGAUCCUCGCAGGCCCAGAACUCAAUCCCCACGAUGGCCUACCAGUUCCAUCAGCACAAUCACCAGCACCAGCACACUCAUACUCACCAACACUUCUUGCAUCACACAGCAGCAGCAGCACCACUGUUUGAUAAGUAUCCAGGCAAGAUAGAGGGUCUCUUUCGACACCCCUUUUUUCCUCAGUACCCACCAUCUGUGCCUGGAAUACAGCCUGUUCUUCCACCCACUGGACCUUUCAGUUCAUUGCAGGGAGCUUUUCAGCCUAAGCUUGUUGCCCUUCAGGGAGCUGCUUCUGAGAUGAAUCCUGGUUUGGGAGUUGUACCUCCCCAUCUGCAACCUAAAGCUACAAGGCUUACAGACCCAUUUGCACCACCACCAAAAGUCAGUAAUAAACCUGGAAAAUGGUGUGCUAUGCAUGUCCGUGUGGCCUGGAUGAUUCUAAGGCAUCAAGAGAAAGUCAAGCUUAUGCAGGCUGAUCCUCAAAAGCUGGACUUCCGUAAUGACCUGCUGCCACGACUCCCUGGCCCUGGUAUUGGAGGACUAGGAGGUCUAGGGCCACUUGGUCCCCUUCCAUCAACUCAUGAUCUUACAAGACCAGGAAGCCUGUUUGUAGCCGCUGGUGGAGUCAAUCCGUCCUCCACACCAUUCAUGCCUCCAUCAACGCCCCACUCCUCUUUCCUCACCCCAGCAGCACAUCUGGACCCAUAUGGUCGUUCACCCCCCUUCUCCUCUCUAGGAGCCUUGGGUUCUGGUGCCUUUGGGGGCUUAGGCAGCCCCACAAUAGCUGCCAGUGUUUUUGGACAUAAGACUGAACCCUCAGCAAGUGCAGUUGGAGGGUUAGGUAACCCCCAUGAUCCAUGGAAUCGUCUGCAUGUUACCCCUCCUUUUUUCCCCUCUGGAUCCUCUUGGGCCAAAGGACCUGAGAAAAGAGAUGAUAGAGGAAAGGACAUCGAGAGAAGAGAGCUGACUCAUAUAAAAGAUGAAAAGGACAGAGACAGUCUCUUGUAUGGACGCCAGCCUGUGCGAAUGUCACCUGGUGUCCCAACCCUCAAGCACCGCAGCAGCACCCCUAGUUCACAUAUGAAUGGCUUGGGCUCACUAAGCGGAGGUGGGGUGCAGUCUGAUAACCAAAGUAGAGAGCGAGAAAGAGAAAGAGAGGCAGACAAGAGACAACAUUCUGCAUCUAGGGCACCAGCGUCAGCUUCCUCUGCAGCACCGGACAGACCUCGAUCUUCAACAUCAUCUAUUCUCACAACCUCUCCUGGUGCACCCUUAGCCCAUUCUCCUCUGGAUCUUUUUCACCGGCAGCCACCACACACUCUCAGCACAGAAUCUUCACAAAGAGAGAACAAUGGUCCAGCCUCUUCUUCCUCCUCUGCUAGUUCACUUCCAGUCAAGAAACCUGAUCGGACCACAACUCCGGUAUCCAAAUCUGCACUUUGCCUAACCUCUGGGAUACUCCUCCCCCAAGUCAAGGUCAAAGAAGAACGUAAAGAGGAGCCUGAGCCAGUGCCCAUCUCCUUAUCACAUCAUGCUGUACCUCCACACAGCUUUGAACAGCCCAGUAGUCGACAUCACCACCAUCCAUCCACCCCAUCCUCAACCCACUCAUUGACUCCUACACCUGGCGUGCCUCUUCCUCCACCAACUCCACACCCUCCCCAUCAUCCUCUAUCCCUCUUAGAUCGUUCACGAGCUAUUGAUGCCUAUCUAGGGGGUUCUGGAAGUUCAGCUGGACUGGUAAUAGGUGCUGCAGCUGACCGGUUCCCACCACAUCCACAUGCUCCUCCUCAAGGUCAUUCCCAAGCCACCCACAGCUUUCCCUGGGACCCUUGGAGGGACCUUGCUGCCCAACAACAGCAGCAACGCAGGGAUGUAUUGGCCUUAAGGUCAGAUCCCCACUUUGCACUUCGCUCUGAUCCACACUUGUCUCGACUGCUCCAGCAACAGCAGGUUCAGCGCUAUUUGGAGGCAGAAAGAGCGGCAGUUGCAGCAGCUGUGGCAAACAGCCCACACCAUCCACAAAUACCUACCUCUACGUCCUCUGCUAAUUCCUUAGCAACCAGGCCAGAGUUUGGUUUGAUGUCCCAUCCAUUCGAUGAGGAACAACGUGCUCAGAUACUGCGGGACGACUUUGAGAGAGCACGGUACUUUGGGAUGCACCCACAUCCACACCUAUCCACACCUCACCUUCCUAGCCCAUCUCAUGCUGCUCACCUAGAACAGCUUCAUGCAGGGCUACUUGGUCACUCUCAUCUCCAUCCAGGUGGUGCCUCCACACCUUCAUCACAUCAUCCUGGCCUCUACGCUAGACUGGGACCUCUGAAUUCACAUUCUCAUGUACCUAAUGGCAUUCUAACCAAGACCCCAGGUCUAGUCGGGGCAUUGUCAGUUGGGGCUCCACCUCCUCUCAUUCCAUCUGUGAACAGAUCCUCUACUCCAAACCGUGGCUCCAGACUUGCUGGGCCAGGAGACUUGGCCCUUUUCAACACACAUAAAGAUGGGGAGUCCAGAUAGUACUGAAUUAUUGUGCUGAAACCACUCCUCACAUGGCAGAGUUCUGCAGGACACUCAGAGAGUGCUAAGUUACAAUGACCAUAAACAAUUGUUGAAUCCACCUGACUUUCCAGGGCUGUUUGAUAUAUUUAUCCACUGUGGUUAUGUUGGUGCAAUUAAGGUACUCUCUUGCUGUGCCCUGGUUUGUAUUUAGGGUUUUCUUUACAAAAAGGCCUGUCGAUGUUCAAAGACUAUUCAUUACUACUACUAAUUUGAAGACAGUGAGAUGGAUCCAGAAUUGUGUACAGUGACACAGUUAUCUGUUUUACACUUAUAGUGAAGAACAUGUUUCUCCAAGUGAACUCAAGGAAAGCCUACUUUAGAGUUACUGUGUGAGCUUAGCAUGUGAAGAAAGAGAAAUGGACCCUGACUGAUAUAGUCAAGUACUUCUUUGAUUGUCUGAAUCAGCACUGUUGGGAAAUAUUUGAAUUUAAAGAAACAUGCUGUCCACAUUCUGCUUUAAAUAUUAGUCAACCAUCAGACAACUUCCAUGAACAUCAAAAUGAACUUAAGAUUUAUUUUAUUCUUUAAAAAAGUUAUGAACUGUACAUCUUGUUGGAUAAUAUUUUAAAAUUCAAAGGGAAAGAACUGUCUCCCUAGACAGUUUAGUCUGGCUUGGCACAAGAGCUGGGCCAGAAUAUAGUAGAAUAGUGAUAUUUCUUUUGUAAUAAUUAUUGUUAACAUUAAUUACCUUCCAUAAUAAAUAUAUUCACUGUUUAUGUUAUAAUGUCAUGUUUCAGGUCUCACCAAAUGCACUCCCUUGUUGAAAUGUGUCAGUGAUGAUUACAGUCCAGCAAAGCACUACAGUGAUAUUGCUCUGCUCCAAUAUAUCGGUUGUGUUGAUACCAAUGUACUAAGGAUGUAACAAAGCCAGCCUCAACAGUGCAUAGAACUGAAUAUAUUUAUACUUUCGGGGAGGUGUGUGUUAUUUUUUUUUAUCAAGGUUGAAGCCGGUGGAUGUCUGCAGGAAAACAAACAUCAUACAGAAAAACUCAGAAUGACAUGGGGCCUCUAUCUACUGGACAAAAGAAGUGCUCAUCUUGUAACUGCAGCUAAACUAAAGGAUUAAAGGACUCUUAAAUAGAGAUACAGGACAUUCUGGAUUAAUUGUUUGAGCAAAAACAAUUUUAUACUUUUUAAAAAUGCCCCCCUGCAAAGAAACCACAAAGAUUAAUUAUUAAACAAAUGGUUGGUUAUUUA